AUGGGUUCGAAACAACUCAUAGCGAAUGAGUUACUGGCGUUCGUACAGAAUGCCAUAGACACCAUGGAUGAAGUCAGCAUCAGGCAGAUCUGCAAAUCAAGUUUCAGUGAAGACGAUAUUUGCAGUGGCAAGGCGCUACUCUUCCAGACGCUCGGCAAAACUGACCAGAUGCCAUCCCGUCGGAGGGAUGGGGGUGUGAAGAGUCUCCAGGACAUAAUUAAAGUGUUGAAGGAGACCGAUCCAGACGACGUGCCUGCCUUCGUUGCGAAGCGGUUGGACCGGUUACCGCCGGUUACCUUCGAUCACGUCGACGUCACCAGGCUGCUGAAGGACAUAACAUUCCUGAAGACAAGUCUGACUGAGAUGCAGUCCAAGUUAGAGGUGGCAAAUAAAACCAUUUGUGAACUUCGUGUCGAGGUGGCGACGCUUCGUGACACUGUUUCGGAAUGUAGGUCACACGAGGCCACUGACUUGGGCUCGGGUAGUGAUGCGCGUGCAAUUAUGUGCAAUGCUGGGUCAGCAACGAGCGAUAUGACGCCUGUCCCCGCCGGCCCGCCCCCCGCACCCCGCACGCCGCGUCGUGUCUUGCCGUCAACUGCUCCAGUUGGUGUAUCAGCGACUCCACAUCGCGAUUACGCUGCUGCUGCAAAACUGAGAAAAGCACCUUCAAGGGUGCCUGAACAUGUUUCUCGUGAUGAGAAGCCACCCCGCGCCGAGAAAGGAUUCACACAGGCGUCGAAGGAGAGGAGGCCGCGCAAGGCGCCUCGCAAGAGCCAGUGUGGCACGGCAGAGCCGGAUAUUGCUUCUGGCCUGAGGGUUGCCACACCGAACACGGCGCUAUAUGUUUCGCGCCUGCAUGUUUCCGCCACGGCAGAAGAUGUGGUGGAAUAUGUCCGCAAGAAGAUUCGUUACGAGCUGAAACACACACGCCCCACCCCCACAACGGGCAACAAUGAGCCAUACAAAGCGCACAAAGGGACCGACUGUCUUCCCAUUGUACCGAACAAUGCAAGCCCCGCCCCCGCUUUGUUUCAUCUCACCGCCUUCACGCGAUUGGGCGAGAACUUUAACCUAAUUGACCACCCGUAG